AUCGUACUAGCGACCUCUAAUUGAGGAUUGCUUUCUUUACAUCGAUUCUACAUCGAUUCUACGUCGAUAGUGUUACGUAGGCAUUCGCCCCUAGUGGCAACCACCCAGCUUACCUAAGCUGGUUGAGCACUUCUAUAUGUACCCAUAGAUCGCUCCACACUCUCUAUUAUAUUUCCUUCUCUCUAGUCAGUCAAUACACACCUUCUCACCCGCAUUCCAUUGCUCCUUAUGCGCGCAACCUAGUACGCCAUACGUUGCUCUCACCAGCUACGUCACAGAUAGUCAUUUAAUCAAUCCUAUCACGCUUGGCUGCCCUGCCUCAUAACCUAUCGAACCGACAAACCAGACACCAACGCUUCGAGUCGUAGGGUUUACCACACAUCCCAGCUGCUCUGCGCACCUGGAUCCACAGCAUCGCGUCCACAAAUCUCCCGGCAAAACGACACGACACCACUCUGUCACCAUUAAAAGUCCGCAGCAAACCGCCAGUAUUAGUUGGGCGGUCACAACACGUUCUUGCCAGCCUCCGAUCUCGUCUUGCCUGCGAUACCGUGAAGUCGACAACACGAAGAGCUCCCCUCGAGCCGUUACGUCUCUCAGGAUCGGCGCAAAAAGAAACCGCAAUCCCAAUCAUGGCUUCUGACACAUUUCAUCCAUUCGCGAGAUUGCCAAAGGAACUGCAAGACCGGAUCUGGGACUUUGCGGCGCUUUCGCUUAACAGCCACCCGGCGGCACAUUUCUUCACAUUUAUCAAUACAUCCCAUGACGCGAUGUCAACUUUGGCAAGCAAAACCAUUAGGCAUAUGUAUCAAGACAGAUACUGUCUGGCGGCACCGCAGUGCAGCGGACGGAGAAAAUUGUCAUGGACGGAGUCGAAUCCGUCAGGAUAUAUGUCUGAGAUCGGCCUAUGGAAUGCUUGCACAGCUUCUCGACAGCGACUGCAGAGAUGUCGACGGACUUCAAUUACCUGGUCUGAUUGGAUCAAUGCAUCCUGUAAAAGCAGAUUCUCAGGAGAGUUAGAUGAAGCUCCAAUUCUUGUCGAGUUCUUACAAGACGGACGAAAACAAAAAUUCACCAUUAAUCCCAAAUCGGACCUAGUAUGCCUUCAACCGUUCGACUUUGAUACCAUCAGUUGGAGUACUAUCUUCGCUAAGGGGCUUCGUCAUCUAGCUUUCGAGUUCGACCCAGCAUGGGGUAGCUCCAUGAGUGACCCAUGGCGAUUUCCAUGCUACGAUGUGACCGGACCGCUUCGAUGCAUCAUCGAAGCCGCCGGUUUUGAGACGGAUUGGGUGGAUAAUAUUUGGUUUAUCGACUACCGGAUCAGUCGGCGGAUAGGACCUGCUCCAAACCUAACCCGAGAGGUGUUUAACGGCAACUCUUGUAGAUUUGUGGAAGUCAGGUUGGAAGACUCCCUUUGGAAGCGUUCCUCAGGUGAAAGUGUAUUCAACUUUGUGGAGAAUCUCGAGUGUUCUUUGGAUGACUACUUCACUGAUCAACAGUACUAUGAAAACAGGUCAUAUUAUCCCCAGACCACUCGUUGGGGACCACCAGUUGGGGUGCUGGCAUGCGAAAAGAUGCUUGAAUGACUUUGAAGAUCGAGGCAUGACAUCACUGGUGACUCAACGACCAGGUUCAUGCAAAGCUUCUGCAGAGCUCUCACGCUUACCCGUCGGUUGAGGUACGGUGAAGUUUGCGGAGGGCACGGUUGGCUGCGGUUUAUUAGAAGAUGUUACAAAUCAGAGAUAGGCUCCUUCUGUCAUAAGUGAAGGCCGACAAGGCAUAGUUGGGCAUGUGCGCUCCCUAUCCGGAGGAGACGGCUUCCUGAGCUAUGUUAAAAUACGUCGAAGCGCUCCGCGCUUCUCCAGGUUUUCGUGCCGAAAACCUAGAACCUCUCCGAAGGCUAGGGAAAAAGGGGUAAGUAGGAAUCGACGCUUGAUUGAACUGCGAAAAGGGAUUGAUUAGUAAUCGACUCUUGAUUGAACGGGGAGAAAUUAACUUGGAUUGAAC